AGACCGCAACUGGUGGAAUCAAGCCACGGCGGCGCUGCUGGACUGCGCCUCUCUCAUUCACUCAUUCACUCACUCAAUCUCUGUCCCUCGUGUCUGGGCGCUUCUGCAGGUCGGUCACUAGCUUAGACUCACGCCUCCCACAUGGCGGCAUCAACUCUCCCGGAACAGUUUGACUUUCGAGCUUCAUGUCCUUGCCGACACUACUGCUGCACGGUCAUUGCUAUGCUUCCCAGCUACAUGUAUCUGGACGCCGAAUGAGGUUCGACCGAGCCAAGCCGUUGCUGCUGUACUGUAAUCGCGUACCGGACUACUCGGAGGUAUUUGUCGUCUGAGUGAGACAAGUAGCUACCUCUUCCACCACCUCGUCAUUAUUACUUGACCUCUCUCUAUUGUAACCUGCCCUCCCUCUGACCGACCCUUUUCCGCCUGCUGCUCCACGUCCACCUGACAGCCCAUUCAUAAUAACACCACAUUGAGACCAAAUCAACUGCAUCCAGGUUGCUGCUUGCCAUCAUGGGACUCUUCUCCCGAAAGACCAAGGCGAAGCCCGUCCAGAACGAAGUGAAGGCCGAAGAAAAGAAGGAGAUAGAGAUACCCCCAUUGCCGUACAAGCAUAUCUCGAAGCAUGCAGCUGCGGAUUCCGCCGCGCAAGGCAGCCGAAGUGACAGCUACGAGGAUCGCACCCAAAUCGCUCUAGCGAAUCGACAACGAAUGGCCAACUCGCCCUACGACACCUCUCUCAGCAAUGCCUCGUUCGUCCAGGACAUUGCACACAACAUGGCUCGCGGAUCACGAUCCCGACCGGCCUCACCAACAGCCGAACGCUUCGGCGUGAGCAGAUCAUACAGUGACGAUGCUCACUACCACAACCUCCAUCGAAACUCGACAGGGCCUUCGCACAAGAGCAGAGCGGGCGCUCAAGCACCAAAGCUGCAGCGAAGCAGCACCGAUUACUUUGCGAGGUCGCCGCACACACAUGGAAAGCAGCCCGCCGAGGCUGGGUACUACUCCUACUCCUCGGACUCUGGUUAUGAAUCUGCCGAGCCCGCAUCCGCCAUGCACUCACGUGCUCCCAGUGAGCACAACGACUUCUCGAAGGGCCACGCCGCGUACAGUAAUCUGCUCCCGGAGCUGGCACUGAACGGAGAGCACUCGCCAGUGGACCUCAAUUCGGAUGCCCGAUCCAUUCGAUCCACGAGAUCUGUCAGCAAACGAACCAGAUUUGAAGACAGCGUGGAUCCUAUGCCCGCCUUGGACCAACUUCAGCAGUAUCGCCAGGAUUCCGACUCGUCACUAGGGCUGACAUCUCACCACGAAGGAAGCAGUCCUCCUCUUUCAAUCCUGGAGGGGUUCAAGGUGAACAAGAAAGGGAAAAUCUUGAAUGAAGAAGGCGAACCUAUUGGAGAGCUCGUCGAAGGUGACUUGCUGGACUGUGUACGCCAAAAGGUGAACGCCAACGGCGAGGUCCUGGACGAGUACAGUCGCAUCGUCGGUCAUGCACGAACCAUCGCAACACCCACCACAACGCAGCAGAACGUGUUGCCAGCGACUGAGACAGGCACACCAAUUGCCCAGGCGUCACCAGUACUCACUCGGCCACAGUCGGUCCAGCAGCCCGUAGAAGUGACCAAGUCCGUCGAGGAGCCAGUUCAGUCUGAGCCAGUGGCUGCGGCUGUCCCAGCGCAAGAGGUGCAACGCUCUGACUCUGCGGGCGAAACCUGGUUGCCUGCAGUAACCCACCAAGUGAUGCCACAGUCGAAUGCGGUGCCAGUCUUGUCCUUGCCCACGCCCGAACCCGCACGAGUCGCCCGGUCCGCCAGCGAAAGAAGCCUUUCCGAGCUCUCCAAGUCCUAUGUUCGGCCUGCGAUGCGGUCCGUGCCCGAGAAUAAAGUCCCCAUCGACGACGCGUUUCCCGCGAGUCCCAGUUCAUACUCAUACAAGGGCGAAAUACCUGCGACCGAUGGCCCCUCUGCGGCCGGGAAGUUAUUACUCGGACCCAGUAGCUAUGCCAAACUCGCCCUCGUGGGCGGCCAUUCGGCCAGCACAUUAUUCCCUCCUACUCGUCCUGUGGGAAUCAGCAGUCGACGUUCCACUUCCCACAUAGGCACCUCUUCAUCUGCAAACCGCCUUCCACUGCAAUCUGCCAUGAAGAAGCGUUCACAAUACGAUUACACCUUUGACUUCACUCCCAGCGACUCCGGCAGCGAAGCUCCCUCUUCCGACGACGGCCGCAUGCUCACCCUGGGCGGCCAUUCGCGCAGUGCCUCCAUGCACACCACCGGCAGUAUGUCCAGGCCACGAACAUAUUUCACUCACGCUGGCAAAGUCACUAUUGACCCCGAUGAUCUUGCACCAUCCAAGGGAAAGCAAUCUGCAACUGCUGCUGCUGCUGCUGCCGCUGCUGCUGCUCCUCCUCCUCCUCCUCCGGUCCCGGCUGUUCCCACUGCAGAGUCAUUGGAUGAGAAGAAGAAGGGUAAUCGAAAGAGUUUCCUAUCGAGAAGGAAGAGCAAGACUGCUGCUGCGGCUUAGAGAGAAUCACACACGCACCGUCUUUUCAUUUAUACACGUCCCCACAUCCCCCCUCUCCUUUGUUAUGUGUGUAUAGUCUUUUUUUUUCUCCCUCUUUGAUGAUGAUGAUGAUAGCGUUCGAAGCGAUCGAUGUGCAGCAAGCAAGCAACAAUUUCU